AUGGUGACCGACGUCGCUAUUUUUGGGGCGACGUGCUCCCCAGCCCACUCGCAGUACGUGAAAAAUCUCAACGCUGACGAACACGAAGCAGAUCACCCGAAGGCGGCAGCAGCGAUUCGCAACAAGCACUACGUCGACGAUUACCUCGACAGUGUCGAUACGGCGGACGAAGCAGUUGCGAUGGCGCUGGAGGUAGCCGAGGUUCACGCGAAAGCUGGAUUCCACAUCCGGAACUGGAUCUCGAACGACAAAACUGUGCUAGAGCGGAUCGGAGCGGUCAACCCUACGACGGUCAAGAACUUCGUGAUCGAGAAGGAAAGCGGGUUCGAGCGUCUGCUGGGAAUGGUGUGGCUGCCAGACGAAGACAUGUUUUCGUUCGCACUGAACCUGCGGGAGGACAACAUGAAGCUGCUGACUGGAGAGGUGAUGCCGACGAAGACCCAGCUGCUGAGCAUCGUGAUGAGCAUCUAUGACCCGAACGGGUUAGUCGCCGUCUUCGUCAUCCACGGAAAAAUACUCGUGCAGGACGUGUGGCGAUCCGGCGUCGGCUGGAAAGACAAAAUCCCGGAGAAGCUCAUCGGACGCUGGAAGCAGUGGAUCGCGCUGCUGCGCAAAAUCGAAACGGUGAGAGUUCCACGUUGCUAUUUCAUGGAUUACGAACCAGCCAGCCUGAAAACAUUGGAACUCCACGUGUUUGUCGACGCCAGCGAGCAGGCUUACUCCGCAAUGGCAUACUUUCGUCUGGAGGAUCGUGGCCAAGUCUGGUGCUCACUGGUGGCAACCAAAACGAAGGUCGCACCUCUACAGCCGCUUCCCAUCCCACGUCUCGAAGUUCAGUCGGGCGUAACUGGAUCGCGCUUGUGGAAGACCAUCGAGGACGGACACUCACUCCCUAUUUCGAAGGUCGUUUUCUGGUCGGACUCCAAGACGGCACUGCAGUGGAUCAGGUCAACCGACCUCCGCCGAUUUCGCCCGUAUGUGGCGUUCCGGGUCAACGAGAUCCUGUCACUGUCCAAGGCCGCCGAGUGGAGAUACUGUCCAUCGCGCAUGAACGUCGCCGACGAAGCUACGAAGUGGGGUAAAAAGGGACCAACUUUCGACCCCGAUGCGCAAGUUUACGUCUGCCACAAGUUCAUUUACGGUCAAGAAGAAGACUGGCCCGAAGACUGCCUCGAGCGGGUUGAGGCGACGGAAGAACUCAGGCCAGCGUUCAUGUUCAGCCACUUCGUGGUCAAGCCCAUCAUUCGACUGGAUCUGUUUUCGCGAUGGGAACGCCUGCUGAGGAUGAUCGCCUACGUCCAUCGUUUUCUCGCGCGCAGACUGAAGCUGAAGCAGGAAACCUGUCCGGGCGCGCUGACACGUGAGGAGCUGCAGAAAGCCGAACGAAGCCUGUGGCGCUUGGCUCAAUCCGACGCUUAUCCGGACGAGGUCGCCACGCUGAACCAGAACCUGCUAGUGCCAGCCGAGAAACGAGAGUGUCUGGAGACGUCGAGCAGCAUAUUGAAGUUGUCCCCUCUGCUGGACGACAGCGGAGUGCUUCGAGCUGGAAGUCGCUUGGAGGCCGCCGAGUUCGCCGCGUUUGACGCCAAGUUUCCCGUGAUUCUCCCGAACAAACAUCGCGUGAACUGGCUGCUCGUGGACUCCUACCACCGAAGAUUUUGCCACGCAAACAACGAGACGGUGGUCAACGAGAUACGGCAGAAGUUCAACAUACCGAAGCUGCGGGUCCUGAUAAGGCAGGUGGCGAGUAAAUGCUGUUUCUGCCGCAUAAAAAAGGCCAUCGCGGUGGCACCCAUGAUGGCACCCCUUCCACGUGUGAGGCUGUCCCCUUUCGUGCGCCCAUUCACGUUCACAGGCGUGGACUACUUCGGCCCGGUCCUGAUCAAGGUUGGACGCAGUGUUGCGAAACGCUGGGUGGCGCUUUUCACCUGCUUGACGAUCCGCGCAGUUCACCUGGAGCUCGUCGCAAGCUUGUCAACGGACUCGUGCAAGAAAGCAAUCCGCCGGUUCAUCGCGCGACGUGGAGCGCCGCAGGAGAUAUACUCGGACAACGGUACAAAUUUCCAAGGAGCCAGUGGAGAGCUGUCGAAGGAAUUAGCCAAGGUCAACCACAACGAACUCAGCAGCACAUUCACGGACACGCACACCCAGUGGCGAUUCAACCCGCCGGCCGCGCCGCACAUGGGUGGCUGCUGGGAACGAAUGGUAAGAUCGGUGAAGGCUGCACUGGGCGCAAUCCCGGUGGAACGUAAGCUGGAUGAGGAGUCGCUGGUCACCUUACUAGCGGAGGCGGAGCAUAUGGUCAACUCGCGCCCCCUGACUUUCGUGCCGCUGGAGAGCGCAGACAGUGAGUCCUUGACCCCCAACCAUUUUCUCAUGCUGAGUUCGAGCGGUGUUCAGCAGGCCGUCAAGGAUCCGGUCGGCGUAAGCGCGGCUAUCAAAAACAGCUGGAACAGUAUCCAGCACACACUGGACGAGUUCUGGAGCCGCUGGGUGAAAGAAUAUCUGCCGACGAUCGCGAGGAGGACUAAAUGGUUUGAGGAGGUGAGACCAAUCAAAGAGGGCGAUCUCGUGCUUGUUGUGGACGAAGGACAUCGGAACGGGUGGCUGCGAGGACGCGUUGCAAGGACGUAUCCCGGCAAGGAUGGCAGAAUACGUCGAGCGGAUGUACACACAUCGAAGGGUCUGGUGCGUGAGCGAGCAGUCGUCAAGCUUGCUCUGCUGGACGUUGGUGACGCUGAGGAUUCUGGUGCAGAUCAUCAUGCGACACGUGGGGGAGGAUGUUGCGAGCACACCGUGCCGACUGCGCCGACUGCGCCGACCGUGCCCUCGGAUCAUCGCCCAAACGAGAUUGAAUAA